AAGUCCUUUUUGCUGCUAACAGUAUUUUUCACCUGUGCACCAAUACCACUGAUGAAGAUCAGCCCAUGGUGGUACUUCGCUGUCAUCUCUGUCUCUGGAGUUUUUGCAGUGACGUUUUCUGUGGUUUCAGCAACUUUUGCAGCAAGUUUAGUCACCAGCCCUGCUAUUGGUGCCUACCUGGGUCGGGUCUAUGGAGACAGCCUGGUCGUGGUCCUGGCUACGGCAAUAGCCUUGCUGGACAUCUGCUUUAUUCUUGUUGCCGUGCCAGAGUCACUGCCCGAGAAGAUGAGGCCAGCGUCCUGGGGAGCGCCCAUUUCAUGGGAACAGGCUGACCCUUUUGCAUCACUGAAGAAGGUUGGCCAGGACUCAAUUGUGCUGCUAAUCUGCAUAACAGUCUUUCUUUCCUACCUCCCAGAGGCAGGACAAUAUUCCAGCUUCUUCCUAUACCUCAGACAGAUAAUGGGAUUUUCAUCUGAAAGUGUUGCAGCAUUUAUAGCAGUCCUUGGGAUUCUUUCCAUUAUUGCACAGACAAUAGUUUUGAGUUUACUUAUGCGGUCCAUUGGAAAUAAAAACACCAUUCUCCUGGGCCUAGGAUUUCAAAUACUACAGCUUGCGUGGUAUGGCUUCGGAUCAGAACCAUGGAUGAUGUGGGCAGCUGGUGCUGUUGCAGCUAUGUCCAGUAUUACUUUCCCAGCUGUAAGCGCACUGGUUUCGCGAACUGCUGAUGCUGACCAACAGGGUGUUGUUCAAGGGAUGAUAACAGGAAUUCGAGGACUGUGUAAUGGUUUGGGACCAGCACUGUAUGGUUUUAUAUUCUAUAUAUUUCAUGUUGAACUGAACGAACUCCCUAUGUCUGAAUCACCAUCAGGAGGUAGCGUGGUCACACAGUACCAUUUACAACAGAAUUCUAUAAUUCCUGGACCUCCAUUCUUAUUUGGAGCAUGCUCCGUGCUGUUGGCACUACUCGUUGCCUUGUUCAUUCCUGAACACACGAACCUCACGGUGCGCUCUGGCAACUGGAAGAAGCACUGUGGCAGCCACAGCCACCCCCACAGUCCCCAGGCCCCUGGUGAAGCUAAAGAGCCCUUACUGCAAGACACAAACGUAUGACAGAAACCCCGGGAACUCUUUCAGACUUUCUUUUCGUCAGCAGUUUGGGAUGCACAUUCCAAUUCCAUCAAAAACGUAAUUUCUUAAGGUAAUCUUAAGAAGUAUCUUUCUGCAUGAAAUCCAUAGGAAUUUUUAAAAAGGAGGAUGUUUCUCCAGAGGUGUUGCCAUUAAAUUACAAUUUUUAAAAACAAGCAGUUACAUACUUGUCUCUUGCCAUGAAAUACUGUUACUACUAAACUUUACGUUCUAGUUGAGACAGAAAAAAAA